AUGACUGAGAAGCGCCUCACCUUCAGCCAGGACGUCAUCACCCAGCAGAACGACAAGGAGAACGUAUCCGACCUCGCCUCGUGUCUCGAGCGCACGAUCGUCUCGCCGAACACGUACCUGCGCGCGCGCGGCCCGCCCCAGUACGGCGAGACGCCGCUGACGCCCGGCGCGCCCGCGCCGCGCGAGGCGCCCGCGUCGCGCUGGACGCCGGCCGCGCGGCGCGCCUCGGGCGCGUCGUCCGUCGGCGGCGGCGACGACGACGACGACGACGAGGCGAUGGACGACGACGAGGACGCCGCGGACAGCGGCGACGACGGCGAGGCCAUCGGCGGUGGCGUGCGCGGCGUGAGCCGCAAGUCGGUCGAGUGGGCGUCGCGGCAGCAGCGGCUCAUCGACGCCGCCGCGCGCGAGCCCAAGGCGGCGAUCAAGAUCCUCAAGCCGCCGAACCCGCUGAGCCCGGGCGCGUCGACGCCCGAGGUGCCGCGCUACGUGACGUCGUACGCCGAAACGCCGCUCUCGGGCGAGAGCCGAUGCUCCGACUGGGUGCCGCGGUCGCGGUCCGACCGCGGCGACUGGGACCACUCCGACGACGACGACGACGACGACGAGCGCGGCGACGACAGCUUCCGGUAG